AUGUGUGAAAAGUAUCAAGAUGGAUUGAAAUAUGAUAUCCAGAUAGCGGUUCUACCUCUGCAUAUUAUGCGCUUUGGUGAGCUGAUAGAAAGAUGUUUGGAGUUGGAAGGAAUUGACAAUAGGAAGAAUCAAUAUGGAUCAGGAGUACCAACCCGAAACAACAAUCACAAGGGCCAUUUUAACCGAGGCCAUGGAGGAAGGACCCAACAAGGGGGUAGGCCAUAUCAAAGGCCUACACCAUAUCAUAACCAGGAUUCUAGGAGGUUAAUGUUCAAGUGUUACAGUUGUGGAGGGGCACAUCUUAACAAAGAUUGUCCAAAUAGAAAUAUUGGAGCUUGUUUUCGUUGUGGUCAGAAGGGCCAUUUUCUCAAAGAUUGUCCCCAAGGACAAAACCAACCAACAAGCCAGAAGAGUGUCCUAAUAAACAAUAACAAUGUAGGGAGAGCAAGGAACGGAGGCCCAAAUGUUGGUCAAGGACCUCAGAAUCAGAACAAGCCAACCACGGGAAGAGUAUUUGCAAUUAGAGGAGUUGAGAUCUCAAAGUCAGAUGGGUUAAUCCAAGGUAUGUGUCUAAUUGGAGAUAAGUUGGUAUCAGUAUUAUACGAUUCAGGAGCUACACAUUCAUUUAUAUCUACAUCUUGUGCGGAAAUUUUGGGAUUUGAAAUUAUUGAUCUCAAUAAUAAGUUGACCAUUACAACUCCCUCGGUAGAAAGAAUGGUAACUUGUUCAGUCUGUGCAGACUGCCCUGUAAUUUUAGAAAAUAGAAGAUUCUUAGUAGACCUUAUAAUACUCCCGCUAAAAGACCUAGAUGUCAUCUUAGGAAUGGAUUGGUUAUCAGCCAACGAUGUAAACUUGGGGUGCAAGAAGAAAAUUUUAACGUUUGGAGAAGAUAGUGGAGAAGUCAUAAAGGUGGAAACUCUCACCCAAAAAUUUAUGAUGUUAUUCUCUAUGUCAGAAGGAGAAACCCCUAGUGUUGAAAAACUUCCAGUGGUCUGUGAAUUCCCGGAAGUUUUUCCAGAAGAGGUUCCAGGUUUACCACCGGUUAGGGAAGUGGAGUUUUCUAUAGACUUGGUUCCAGGCACUGGACCAAUUUCUAUAUCUCCUUAUCGAAUGUCACCCUCAGAGAUGGCUGAGUUAAAGAAACAGUUAGACGAGAUGUUAGAGAAGGAAUUUAUUAGACCGAGUGUAUCGCCAUGGGGAGCUCCAGUCUUGUUUUUCAAGGAGAAGGAUGGUUCUUCUAGACUUUGUGUAGAUUAUAGACAACUUAAUAAAGCUACUGUAAAAAACAAGUAUCCUUUGCCUAGAAUCGAUGACUUGAUGGACCAGUUAAAGGGAGCAUCGGUAUUCUCGAAGAUUGACUUGAAGUCUGGAUAUCAUCAGAUCAGGGUGAAGGAGGAUGAUAUUCCAAAAACAGCUUUCAGAUCCCGUUAUGGACACUAUGAGUACUUAGUGAUGCCAUUUGGUUUGACUAAUGCUCCAGCAGUAUUCAUGGAUUACAUGAAUAGGAUCUUUAGGUCGUACUUAGAUCAAUUUGUUGUAGUUUUCAUUGAUUACAUUUUGAUUUAUUCCAAGAAUGAGGUAGAGCAUGAAGAACAUUUGAGAAUUAUGCUACAUAUAUUAAAGGACCGCCAAUUGUACGCGAAAUUCUCGAAAUGUGAAUUUUGGUUGAAGGAGGUACAAUUUCUUGGUCAUGUUAUCAGCAAAGAAGGUAUUGCAGUAGACCCGAGUAAAGUCGAAGCAGUAACAAAGUGGGAAAGUCCAAAGAAUGUUGGUGAGAUUCGAAGUUUUCUUGGACUAGCUGGAUAUUAUCGGAGGUUCAUUGAAGGAUUCUCAAAGAUCGCUUUGCCUAUGACUCAGUUAACGAGGAAGGGUAAGAACUUUGAAUGGACAAAAGAGUGUGAAGAAAGUUUUCAGAAGUUGAAGGAAAGAUUGACUUCAUCACCAAUACUCAUCUUACCAGAAGGAAAGGCCAAUGUUGUAGCAGACGCCUUGAGUCGAAAGAAACUUCAUGUAUCUGCAAUGAUGUUGAAGGAAGAAGAAGCGUGUACUCUUGAACACAAAGGAAGUUGGGAUGAGUUCUUACCAUUUAUUGAGUUUACUUACAACAAUAGCUUUCAUUCAAGUAUUGGCAUGGCUCCAUAUGAAGCAUUGUAUGGACGAAGGUGUCGAACGCAUUUAUGUUGGUAUGAAGUUGGAGAAAAUAAAAUAUUGGGUUCAGAAUUUGUGCAACAAACAAUAGACCAGGUUAAGCUUAUUAGAGAAAAGAUGAAAGCUGCACAUGAUCGUCAAAAGAGUUAUAGUGAUAAAAGGAGAAGACCUUUGGAAUUUGAGGCAGGAUAUCACGUGUUCAUUAGGGUAACUCCUAGAGCGGGAAAUGCAUGA